UUGAUAUUAUUUUUCAAACAGGCUAAAGCAGGUGUAAUCAUCGGCUGUAUCGCAGUGAUUGCUGAGGUUUGUGAGAAGGCACUCAAGAAACGACUUGAGCAAGGUUGGCUAACGGAACGAGUUGAUUCUCUCAAUGAGUUAAUCGAACGUAUCCGUCAUUAUCGCAAAGCUCCACUCGCAGUCAGUAUUGGCUACCUAGGCAAUGUCGUUGAAGUGUGGGAGCGCUUGGCAGAGAUUUAUCGAACGACUGGGGAGCUGCUCGUUGAUAUCGGUUCUGAUCAAACCUCAUGUCAUAAUCCAUUCCAGGGAGGAUACUACCCAGUGGGCCUAGACUUUAAACACUUCUUCUAA